GCUAAAUAUUCAGCAAACUAUAUAAUAUAGUAAUAAGUAACAGAUGCUCCAACUCCUACACAGAAAUCAGAAUGAAGAUAAUCAAAAUAACAACCUGCAUAUCAUCAUUUUCUGCAAAUGAAGUGUUUUCUAAUGAAGAACUGCUGAUAGAGAUCUUCCUCCAUCUUCCAGUAAAAUCACUCGUUCGAUGCAAAUGCGUCGGGAAAAAAUGGAAUUAUUUAAUCGCUAGCCCCGAAUUCACCCGCCUCAGAGUCCCCUGUUUCAACUCUGCUCGUGGCCUCAUUCUGCACUGCUCUUCUUUUUUGAUCAACCCUUUUAACGAAUUUGUACCCUUCACCCUCGAAAAUCCAAUUCAAUCACCAUUUCACAUGCUCAAUUUCGUUGACGAUCCUUAUGGAAUUAGAAUUCUGCAAUCUUGUAAUGGACUUUUGCUUUGUCGUAGCUUUCGCGUUCAUGAUCAGCCUAACGGAAACUAUUAUGUGUACAACCCAACGACACAACAAUUCGUCACACUUCCAAGACUGAGAGGGUAUAGACAAACUUCCAAGGCUGUUAUUGGGAUGAAACUAGCGUUUGAUCCAUGGAAAUCGCCACAUUAUAAAGUGGUUUGCAUUCGAAUGUCUGAUGAAGUGUUUCCUGAUGAUCAACACUAUCAGGUCGACAUUUAUUCAUCUGAAACUAAGAAAUGGAGAGUCGUGGGACCACCUUUCCUUGCUCGUUACGAUAUAGGAUUCGCGUAUACUGGAGUUUAUUGGAAUGGUGCAAUUUAUUGGGAAUGUGGUGACAACUCGUUACGUUUCAAUGUGGAACGAGAAAUGUUUGAAAAGUUUCCCAUGCCUAGCAUUGGUAGAAGUUGGGAUGAUGAUAAGGAGAGUAGAGUUGCUUAUUACGGAGAGUCUUGUGGAUAUUUGCAUCUAGUACAAGUGUAUAGCAUUAAGAAGCUCACUUUCUACAACAUUUAUGAAAUGAAAAAUGACGGCAUGGAGUGGUACUUGAAAUACCAAGUGAAUGUUGAAGAUGUCGUUAACAAGUUCCCUCAUAUGAUUCGACAUUAUCAUGACUCAACAGACUGGAAUUAUUACUUAGCGAUGAGUGUGCUUUGUGUUGUUAGAGGGGAGAAAGAGGAGGACACCUUCAUGAUUUUGCACAUUCCCAAAAUGGUCAUACGUUAUAAUUUGAGGGAUUACACAUUUUACAAGCUAUGUGAAUUUGGAAAUAAUAGUAUUCAAGAAAAUCAAUUUGAGGAUGAAGAUGAGGAUUAUGAAGACCCUAUUUCCUUGCAAUUUAAUAGGUUUAGUGCUUUCCAAUAUAUUGAAUCUUUAUUUUGUAUGUGA